AUGGAUCUCUCCCGGAUAACGAGGCCUUCGGUCCUCUGCCAGUGUUCCCGCUGCUCAAGCUCUCUUGCGGCCUGCGAGAAUGAGUGGGCCAAGCUCUCCAGCUCGUACUCGAUUGCUGCGGGCUGGCUGAGCUUGGACAUCAAUCGGAUCGCGAUCUCAUCUGAAAGGAAGCAGAUCCCCUUGUCAUCCGAUCUGAGUCUGCUGCGUGGAUGCAUUCUCCAAGAUAUCACCUGCAAGCUCUGCGACCAGAAGCUGGGCGCAAUAUGCGACUUGAGCCAUGGGGCCAACAUUUUCUGGAAGAUGUCGAAGGUAUCAUUCCGAGAGAUCGUCACCAUGAGGACGGUAGACCCCAUUUUCAAGGAAGGUCUCGUGGACAGCCUGUUGUAUCCGAAGCAGGACGCGCAAAACGAGCCUGAAGCCAACCAAGACGCAGUCGCAGCGACCUCCAGCUCUCUGGAGACUCCAGGAAAUAGCUCUUCUGUUCGACAGGAAAUCCAGAACCAGGGAUUGAAUAUCAACCGGAUCUCGAGCUCUGUAGACACCUUGCACGGCACGAUGACGGAGCUGAAACAUGCUUUCACCGCGCUACGGAUAGAGCUACACGGCCCGAACCGGGCUUCCCUCGAACCCGAAAGGGCCGAUGGGGGCUUUGAUAUGCUGGCGACGGUCUUGAAGGAGCUCAAAUGCAGGUCAGAGGAGGUGGACAGGCUAAGGCUUGAAAAUGAAGCUCUGAAAUUGAAGAACCGCUACUUGGAGGAACAGGCGACAAAGACCCCCUAUUCUAAUCCAUACCUUCUGGAAAGCAGUACACCCAUCAGAGUACGCAGCCCAGGACUACUAAAUGAAAAUGGAAAGCGUCCCUGGCUGGAAGCGCAACACAGUGUCCGGAGCAAUCAAGUCCUGGACUCUUUCGACGAAGGAAAUGAGCUCUCAGACACGACCUCCGUCGACGAUAUCGCUAUGCACUCUGUGAAGAUACCUCUAAAUGAUGUCGCAGAGCCAGACGCUCCAUUGGAAGAUGGCCAAGCCACUCCAAAACCAUCUGGAGCGAACGGGAAGACUAAAGACCAAAACGCCCUCGACGCUAUGGCUGAAGCAAUCUAUCACACUCAUUUGGAUCCCCAGCAACCAGCGAACAAAAGAAGACGACUUUCCCAGCCGACGGAUUCCCGUCCUAACAAUCCUAGCCAAGAACCGAAAAAGAGCGGACGACCACGUGGUCCUCGAAAGUCUACAGGCCAGACUACGAAGACAACUAAUCAACCAGAAACGCCCAAUCCGGCAGCACUGCGUGAGCAAGAUCUCAACGUGAGUGCUGGCUCUCAGAAGGAUGAGAAUACAUCGAAUCCAACACCAGAUGCUGCUGCGCCCAAAUCGAAACCUCGCGGGCGGCCCAGCCGUGGAAAAUCAGGGUCUACCAGCGGAACGCGUACGGCUAGAAAUCCUGACGUGAGCACAGAUGCUGCAGCCACCAUUGAGAAACAACUCAUACAAGCCGCCGCAAGCGUCGAAGAUUCAACAAAUGUGGAUGUCCUAGAUUCCCACGACCAGAAUAGCAGAGAAACUCUUGACAACCCGAAUCCUUCUCAGAAAUCGGGGAAAGAAGAUGCACGUGAACGACGAAAGGCGCAGGUAGCCGCGCGGGAUGUGCUCGCCAAGAUGGCUAUGCAACGGGAAGAAGCAAUGACGGAGGAGUAG